AAUGGGCAGUGCCCAUCCUGGAGGGGGAAACAGGGUGGGGUAGGGGCAGGAAGGCUGUGACGGAAGGAAGUUGAGAGAUCCUCCACAGGAGGGGGUCACAGCUGCUAAGGCACCUGCCAGGCUGGAGCUGUGGACGAUCUGGGAAAGCGGGUGGUCACUAAUAUUUCGCAGGAGCCCUUGGUAGUUAGUGCCCACCACGGCAUCCCUUCGACCCCACUAUGUUCCUCUUCUCCCGUAAGACCAAGACCCCCAUCAGCACCUACAGUGACUCCUACAAGGCUCCUACCUCCAUCAAGGAGGUCUUUAGGGACCCACCUCUGAGGGCCUGGGAAGUCAACAAGUUUGUGACCCGGGGCCUGUCUCAGAGCAUGAGGCGCCCUGAAGCCCUGCAGAAGAUGUUCAAAGGUGCUGUACGGGACUACAGCUGUAGGGGUUCCAUACCAGGCCACCCCUACUUGCCUGAGAAAUACUGGCUCUCUCAAGAGGAAGCAGACAAAUGCAACCCAAACUACUUGUGCAAUGACCAGUAUAACACAUGGAGGAUGGGACCUUACAACUGCACUGGCUGGAACAAAUAUACCACAUACUUUCCCCGGCUGCCUAAGGAGGCGGGGAUGGAGACAGUAGUUCGAGGAAUGCCCUUGGAGUACCCUCCUAAGCCAGAGCGACUCAAUGCCUACGAGCGCGAGGUGGUGGUGAACAUGCUGAACUCGCUGUCACGGAACCAGCGGCUGCCGCAGAUAGCGCCCCGAUGUGGGUGCGUGGACCUGCUGCCGGGCCGCCUGCCCUUCCGGGGUUAUGAAAGCGCUUGCUCCGGCCGCCACUACUGUCUGCGCGGUAUGGACUACUGCGUCACCGGGGCACCCUGCACCGAGCGCCACCUGCAGCCUCUGUGCCCAGUACAGCCGACUGAGUGUAUUGCCCUACGAGCACCGGCCCGGAAUGCGAUGUGCUGUUAUAACUCCCCCGCCGUCAUACUACCCAGGUCCGAACCUUAGAUGGGACACAAGUCACUUCAAGAAGACUGGUGGCCCCCAGAGAAACAACUAUGUCAUCCACCCUGAGUUUGUGUCGGAGGCGUACCCUGAAUACCACUGCUGGUAGAGCCCGGGCUGGCUAGGCCAAGGGUGCUGAGCAAUAAAUAAUCUUUUCACCCC